AUGAGACUAUAUAACACAUUUUUAAUAAUUAAACAUAAAAAAUAUUCAAAAUAUAAAAAAUAUUAUUAUACAUUAAAACAAAAACCCAAAUUAAAUAUCAUAAAAGAAACAUUUUUUUCUACAUACCUAAAAAAUGCUCAAACUAAAAGUUUUAAAAUAACUUAUCAAACAAGAAAAUACUCAGAUGAAAACAAAAUAAUAAAAAAAAGAUUCAAUGAACUUGGAAUACAACAUAUCAGUUCAAAUUUGCAUUCACAACUUUUUCCUGAUGGACUACAACCACCUGAUAGUGAAUUAAUUGAACUUUCUCGAAAACAUUUAACUGAACAUAAUUUACUAGGAAAAAAUACAAAACCUACCGAAGACGUUGAACUUGAUCUUCCACCUUUACAAGGAAAAAAUUUAGAUGAACACUUUUAUAGAAUAGCAAUGGAGGUUUCAGAGCCUUAUCUUAGCUACUCAAAACAAUUUGCUUCAAUAACUUUACCAACUAAACCUAAUUCUUGGAUCAUCAGAUCAGGUUGGACACAAUAUAAUUCAGAUGGAACUACAAAACCUAUAGAAUAUCCUAAUGAAAAAUCUAUGGUAUUUGAUGUAGAAGUAUUGUAUAAAAACAACCCUUUUGCAGUUAUCGCAUGCGCAGCUACGGAAAAUGCUUGGUAUGGAUGGUUAUCGCCAUGGGUUACUGAAGAGUCAGAAUCUCCUAGACAACUUAUAUCUAUAGGAGAUAUCGGAAAACGAAUAAUUGUUGGACAUAAUGUUGGAUAUGAUAGGAUUCGAACAAAAGAAGAGUAUAGUAUAAUAAAAAAAGAAAACGCUUUUAUAGAUACCAUGUCGCUGCAUAUUGCAGUAAAUGGAAUGUGUUCUAGACAAAAAUCUACUUGGAUAAAACAUAAAAAAUAUAAAGAACUAAAAAAAAAAUUCAAAGAAGAAUCUUCAACACCAACACUUCUUAAAUUAUUAGAGAAACUAGAAGAAAAUGAUACAGAAGAAUUAUGGAUGUCUAACAGCUCAUCAAAUAGCCUUCAAGAAGUAGCUAAACUUCAUUGUCAUAUUAAACCAAAUAAAUAUAUUAGGAAUUUAUUUGAAAAACUUGACAGAAAAGGUGUUAAAAAUCAACUCAAUAUGCUAAUGAACUAUUGUGCUAAUGAUGUGGAUAUUACUCAUAAAAUUUACAAAAGCAUUUUCCCCUCUUUUUUAGAACUCUGUCCACAUCCUGCAAGUUUUGGAGCACUUCUAAAAAUAUCAUCAUCAUUUCUUCCAGUUGAUAAAUCCUGGGAAUCGUAUACAGCUAGAUCAGAGAAGAUAUUUCAAAAUCUUUCAAGAUCUGUUCAUGAAAGACUUAUAAAAUUAGUAGAAAAUGCACUAGAUCAAAAAAAUAAUGAAGACACAAUAAAAAACGAUCCGUGGCUAAAACAGCUAGAUUGGAAUACUAAACCUAUUCGAAUAGUAACAGACAAAAAAACAGGUGAAAAGAGGUUAGCAAAAAAACAAAAAAAACCAGGAUUUCCAAAUUGGUAUAAAAAAUUAUUUCCAUCAAACAAAAGUGAAAUAAAUAUUACUGUUAGGUCUAGAAUUGCACCAUUACUCUUACGAUUAAAUUGGGAAGGAUAUCCAUUAGUCUGGUCUGAUAAAUAUGGAUGGACUUUUCAAGUUACAAAUCAAGAAGCUAUAGAAAAAUUUCUAUCAGAAAACUAUAUUUUAUGUAACAUGGAAGAAGAAUCAAUUGAUACUUUAAGAAAUAAUACUAGUGCUUCAUACUUUAAAAUUCCAAAUAAAAAUGGACCAUCUGGUCGUUGUGGCUCUCCUUUAUCUAAAAGUUAUAUAAAAGCUUUUGAAGACGGCUUAUUAAACUCGGAAAUUUCAUAUGCAAGAGAAGCUUUAAAUAUGAAUGCAGCAUGCUCUUAUUGGAUUAGCUCUAGAGAAAGAAUUAUGUCUCAACUAGUAAUAUGGGACAAUGAAAUGGAUAUUGGGCUUAAAAAUACUCAAAAUACCCUAGGAAUAAUCCUCCCUCAUAUAAUCCCUAUGGGAACUAUUACUCGACGUGCCGUAGAAAAUACUUGGUUAACAGCUAGUAAUAUAAAAAGAAAUAGAAUUGGUUCUGAAUUAAAAGCAAUGAUAAAAGCUCCUUCUGGAUAUAAAUUUGUUGGCGCAGAUGUUGAUUCAGAAGAAUUAUGGAUUGCUAGUCUUUUUGGAGAUUCUCAAUUCAAAAUGCAUGGAGCUACAGCAAUUGGAUGGAUGACUCUAGAAGGAACAAGAUCAGCAGAAACAGAUAUGCAUUCUGUUACAGCAAAAAUAUUAGGAAUAUCACGAAGUAAUGCUAAAAUUUUUAAUUAUAGUCGAAUAUAUGGAGCAGGGAUUCGUUUCGCAAUUCAAUUAUUACAAAGAUUUAAUCCAAAAUUAAGCGAAAAACAGGCUAAAGAAAUAGCAACAAAACUUUAUAGUUCUACUAAAGGAAAAAAAUCAUGGAUUACUCACAUUCUUUCUAAAGAAAACGAAAAAAAAAAAUUAUCAAAAUAUUUUCCCCGAAAACGAUUUUGGCAUGGUGGUACAGAGAGCUAUGUUUUUAAUAUGUUAGAAGAAAUUGCAAAUCAAGAAAUUCCUCAAACACCUGUAUUAGGUUGUUCUAUAACAAAAGCACUAUUACUUAAAAAUAUUAAUCCAGGUGGAUUUAUAACAUCAAGAAUAAAUUGGGUAAUUCAGUCUUCUGGAGUCGAUUAUCUUCAUUUAUUAAUUAUUUCAAUGGAAUAUUUAAUAAAAACAUAUAAAAUUAAUGCAAGACUAGUUCUAACAGUACAUGAUGAAAUUCGUUACUUAGUAUAUGAAGAAGAUAAAUAUAUUUUAGCGCUUGCUUUACAAGUUAGUAAUCUUUGGACAAGAGCUAUGUUUAGCCAAAAACUUGGAAUUAAUGAUGUUCCACAGUCAUGUGCAUUUUUUUCUAGUAUAGAUAUAGAUCAUGUACUAAGAAAAGAAACAAAUAUGGAUUGUAUAACACCUUCAAACCCAGAAAAGAUUCCACAUGGUGAAUCAUUAAAUAUUUAUCAGCUUUUAGAAAAAUUAUCUAUUUCUCAGAAACUUUUUCUAGAAAAAGAAGCUCCAUCCUCAACUAUUUUAUCAUGGAAAUAUCUAGAAAAAAAGACAUUAUCUAACAUUCAAAAAAAAGACAUGUUAUGGCUUAAAAUUCAAGCAAUUAAAGAUUCAAAAGAAUUCGGAAAAGUAACAUUUAAUAAUUAA